AUGUCAGCUUCUCACAUCCUACCUACACUAACCCAACUCAAGUUCGAGAAGAUUUUGGUCCUCAACCUGCCCUCCCGUACCGAUCGUCGCGAUGCAAUGAGUCUUGCAGCAGCAAUUUCCAACAUCAAGCUCGAAUUUGUCGAAGGCGUAACAGGGGAGAGUAUCAACAACAAGGCAUAUCCUCUACCAGAAGAGAACAGAAAGCUUUCAGCCGGCAUUCGAGGAACCCUCAUCCUCGAAGACGACGUAGAUUGGGACACACGCAUACGUCAAAACCUACAACGCUUCGCCCUCGCCUCCCGCUUCCUAUCCUCAAACCACACGUCCAUCUCCCUCUCCAAACUGCACGCCCACCGAAACACCGAAACAACACAUACCGCCCUCCAAAUCAUCGACACAACCAACCUCGCCAAAAAGCUCAUCUCCCUCCCUCUAUCAUCCCUCCCACGCCAAUCCCACCUUACCCACACCUCAUCACCACCAUCACCCUACGGCGACCCCACAAAAUGGGACAUACUCUGGCUCGGCCACUGCGGAACCGGCAUGCCACGUGCAGCCCCCGGUCAGCACUCCCAAGUCUACGACCACGCAGUCCACCGCACAAUAACCCUUACGCACACCAACGACGCCACGCCCAUCCUUUCCAAGGCGAACUAG